GCCAAGACAGUCAUCCAGGCGGAAAUCGAUGCUGCUGCAGAGCUGAUAGACUUCUUCCGAUUCAAUGCCAAGUAUGCCCUGGAGCUAGAGCACAGCCAGCCCAUCAGUGUGGACAUCAGCACCAACAGCAUGGUGUACCGGGGGCUGGAGGGUUUCGUGGCUGCUGUCUCUCCCUUCAACUUCACAGCCAUUGGUGGUAACCUGGCAGGGGCUCCAGCACUGAUGGGAAACGUGGUGCUGUGGAAGCCCAGUGACACUGCCAUGCUCUCCAGCUAUGCUGUCUACAAGAUCCUCCUCGAGGCUGGGCUGCCCCCCAACGUGGUGCAGUUCGUGCCAGCAGAUGGGCCUGUGUUUGGGGACACCAUCACGAGCUCUGAGCACUUCUGUGGCCUCAAUUUCACCGGCAGUGUGCCCACUUUCAAGCGGCUCUGGAAGCAAGUGUCGGAGAACCUGGAUCGCUACCGCAAUUUCCCACGCCUGGCUGGAGAGUGCGGUGGGAAGAACUUCCACCUGGUGCACAGCUCAGCCGACGUGGGCAGUGUGGUGAACGGGACCCUGCGCUCAGCCUUCGAGUACGGCGGCCAGAAAUGCUCUGCCUGCUCUCGCCUCUACGCCCCGGACUCGCUGUGGCCCCAGAUCAAAGAGAAGCUGCUGGAGGAGCACGGGAAGAUCAAAGUGGGAGAUCCUGCCCAGGACUUUGGGACGUUUUUCUCUGCAGUGAUCGAUGACAAGUCCUUUGCACGGAUAAAGAAGUGGCUGGAGCAUGCCAAGAAGUCAUCCAACCUCACCAUCCUGGCUGGAGGUGGCUGCGAUGACAGCGUGGGGUACUUUGUGGAGCCCUGCAUUGUGGAGAGCAAAGACCCACAGGAUCCCAUCAUGAAAGAGGAGAUUUUUGGGCCGAUCCUCACGGUGUACGUGUACCCGGAGAAGAAGUACAAGGAGGUGCUGGAGCUCGUGGACACCACGACACCCUACGGCCUCACGGGGGCGAUCUUCGCCCAGGAGAAGAGGAUCAUCGAGGAGGCCAGGAGCCUCCUGCGCAACGCUGCCGGCAACUUCUACAUCAACGACAAGUCAACUGGCUCUGUGGUGGCUCAGCAGCCCUUUGGGGGCUCUCGAAUCUCAGGCACCAACGACAAACCUGGAGGUCCUCACUACAUCCUGCGCUGGACAUCACCUCAGGCUGUCAAAGAGACCCACGUGCCUCUGGGGGACUGGCGUUACGCCUACAUGCAGUGA